UUUAGAAGAUGGAAUAUGAGAUGGGAGAGAGAUGGGGGUACUACGGGUGGUCACCGGAGGGGAUGGAGAGAGUGGUGAGGAUGGCGUCGGAGAGCGCGGUGGUGGUGUUCAGCCGGAGCGGUUGCUGUAUGUGCCACGCCGUGAAGAGGCUCUUGUGUGGCAUGGGAGUGAACCCUAGAGUGUACGAGCUGGAUCGUCAUCCCUUCGGCAAAGACAUGGAGCGAGCUCUCAUCACUCUGCUCCGUUCCUCCUCCUUCUCCGUCUCCGCCUCUGCCGCCUCUACUCUUCCCGUCGUCUUCAUUGGCGGCAACCUCGUCGGAGCCAUCGACAGCGUCCUUGCUUCCCAUAUUAAUGGCUCCCUCGUCCCUCUUCUCAAGCAAGCCGGUGCUUUAUGGCUUUGA